AUGGUGUCUUUCUGGCCCUGGAAGGGCGAGGACAACUCCCCGGCCUCCUUCGAGAAGACCCUGUCGACGCUGUCUACCAAGAUCGCCCAGGCGACCACGCGACUGGACCAGCAGCGCCAAACAGCCCGCCGCUUCAAGGCUCUGUGGACCCUCUAUUCGACCUUUGCAUAUCUCUUCUACUCGAUCGUACUUGCACUAGUACUAGGAUGGGAGAGCUGGGGUGUCAAGGAGUACGCCGCCAUCGUGGGUGGCCCAGUGCUCAUAUACGGAGUACGCACAGCUGGUGCUCGUCUAUUUGAAUACCGCAUCUCUCGAAGCCAGCGCCAUCUCGAUGAGCUGAACAAACAGCGCGACGGGACCAUCGAGAAGCUCAAGGUCGCGACCAAGUACAACUCCACGCAACAGCUGCUCGAGAAAUAUGGUGGCGAGUCGCCAAAGACUAGCCCCAACCCCAAGGCUAGUCCCGACACUCGAAAGCAGGGCACGCCUUCGCAGAAACAGCAACAACAACAGCAGCAACAACAUGUAGCCCGCACGGGGCUACCUCCCCCUCCAACCGCCAACAUCCGACGUCCCCCAGGCCAGUCUCCAGUCGGACCUGGCAAUCCUCCCUCUCCUCCUCCCUACCAAACCCCCGAACAACAACAAGCUCUACCAAACGCCCCCUCUACACCUCCCAUCCCCCAACAAUUCACCGACGAGCCGGGCUUUGCGCCAAACGCAUUCCCCAGUUCCGGGCAGUAUAUCGAACAGCCACACUGGUAUGAUCGUUUGUUGGAUGUCCUGCUCGGCGAGGACGAGCUGCAGCCCCGUAACCGGAUGGCCAUGAUCUGCGGCUCUUGUCGUCUAGUGAACGGCCAGGCCCCGCCGGGUAUCAAGACGCUCGAGGAACUGGGUCGCUGGAGGUGUGGGAGCUGUGGGGCGUGGAAUGGGGAGGAGAGUGAGACGACUAAGAUGUUGUCUAGUUUGAGGCAGAACGUUAGUCCGGCUGAGGGUGCGUCUGCGCCGGUCUCGGCUGCUGAGGACGCUGUCCAGGCCGAGGAUGUGAGCGAUGACGGGGUGAUGGUUGCUGCUAGUGAGGAGGAUGAGCAGGGCGAUCAGGAUUCUGAGGUCAGAGAGGGCGAGUCUGAUCAGCCUGGAGAAGAACCGAAGGCUGAGCCUGUUCGUCGGUCUAAGCGUGGAAAGGGCAAGCAGUAG